AUGUGCGGCGGUCAUAGGUUAACCGCCGAGCCGUCGAUUGUCAUAGCACAUCCGUGUAAUGAUCCAAAUACUGGCCUUGCGAUCCUCAAGACUUUAACCCAGCCACAAAUCAGGGACCAGUAUGAGCUUCACUCAACGACUCGGUUUCAAAUAUACCUCUCCCUCAGGCCCACGUUUGAGUAUCUUGCGUCCCCUUCCGACAAUUUCAACAUCUGCAUCAAGAGCCCCUAUUUUCCCGGCGCUGUCCUUACUUCAGGUGACACUUGCGAUAAUGUCAGCACCAUUACUUGCGGUAUCCGGUUUUCCAACACUGAUGAUACAAUCUUUGCGCUGACGCCUGCCCAUGCUCUCAAAAGAAUUGGGCUCGGUAGCGUAAAGAGUAUUCAGAAGGGUACAUCUGGUUCGCCGCCUACGCCAAGUGAGCCCCAAGCAACAUGCAUAUUGGCAGAUGUGGAGUACGACAUGGACCAACUCAAGCAGCUCGAAAAAGCCACAACUGAGGCCAUUGUGCGCCGUGAGUAUAAUUCAAAGCUGGCGAAGAGCCGUGACGAGGGCGAUUUGCUACGUCCUGGGACUCAAAUUAUAUCGCCGAGUCGAGCUUGGGGUCGAUUAGGCCAGUCUAAUACUCCCAACCUGGACUGGGCUUUGGUAGAGAUCAACCCAAGCCAUGGAAGAACAGCAGCUGAUGGCGCAUGCCAAGUGUUUGCUUUGGCUGACGAAAAGCGUGCGGUACAAAUAAUGACACCACGGGGCUGGCUACACGGCAUGAUUCGCAGGUCACUCACCUUUAUCACCAAUUCCGGCAGCGAUAGCCCCUUGUGUGAGGUUUGGACCGUUACCGUUACCGGGCUAACUGAUGGAGAUGUACGGAUGGGAGACAGCGGGUCUCUUGUUAUUGACACCAUCACACGUCAACCCUGCGGAUACGUUAUCGCGGUCAAUCGCGUACAGGAGCUAUACGUGAUGCCACUAUGCCUAGUUCUCCAGCAAAUUGCAGAAACGGUGUCUAUUCCCAAUGUCAGACCAGAACUGUUCUUGAACCUC